UGAAGGCAAUGGCGGCUACAAGAAGCACACUCGUGCUACUUCUGCUGGUUGGAGUUAGCGCAAUUACUUUGGUUGGCGGCGCUAGCAGCAACGUUGCGGAGUUGCAGCGUGAGCGGUGGCGAGAGAGGCUUCCAGAAGUCCCUAUACCUCAAACCCUGCUGGCUCGUCUCUCCCCUCUUUCUCUAACUCAGAUGCACAAGAUGAUUGACGCUACUUCUUUCGAUGCCAACGAAUUCUGCCACUCUGCCGGUUUGAUUUGCCGCGAAGACGUGGAUUUUCCGACGAACUCUGGUGGUUCAAGUUUUGCGAACGCCAAUGCCGAAAUUGAGGAGGUCAAGGAAAACGUGUUUUUUGACAAGAAAGAGCUGCGGGAGUCGGGGGAAAUGAUAUUACCGGAUCUUAACCCUUGCAAAAAUUUGGGCGCAUUUUUGCCCAGAGAGUUAGCACAGAUGAUGCCGCCAUUUUUGCCCACUGCAAAUGUUUCUCAGAUUCUGAAUUUGUUGGGCAUCUCGAGCGAGUCAAAUAUGUCCCGCAUCAUGGAGAGCACGUUGGAGUUGUGCGAGGAAAAGGGGGAAGAAGGAGAAGUGAAGAGGUGCAGCACAUCCGUUGAGGGCAUGGUGGAAUUCGUGGCCUCUCUUUUUGGAUCUGACGUGGACUUGCUUACUGACACGUCAGUUGUUGGAUCCGGUCAGCGGGUUAAGGUUACGAAAGUGAGUAAGAGGAAGAAUAUUGUGGGAGGUAAACCACCCGUAACGUGUCAUAUCUUUGCGUUUCCUUACGGAGUGAGUUAUUGUCAUUCUAUCAAGGGUAGUGAGGUAUUUGAUCUGCAGCUGGAAGUUGUGCAGGGGAAUGAGAAGGUUAGGAGGAACGCUACAGCAGUGUGUCAUUAUUUUUCAGAUGGAGCGGGAGGAAAUCAGGCUUCUUGUCAUCCAGUUUUCGGGGAGAUGUUACUCUGGAUGCCUAGGCCUAAGGGUGACUAGUUAUUGCUCAAGUAUAAUAUGGGUGGUCCUUAUUACUAUAUGAAUAUCUUCAAAAGACAUUUAUUAAAAAUGGGACAAAAAGUUGCAUGUCCUAUA